CAAUAGGACACAUUUCAUUGGCCAUUCUUCGUGGCAGUGUACAAAGACUAUGUUGCAGCCUCCUUAUGCUGACCCUCUCGAAAGUCCAAAACUUGAAUAAAAUGCAAUGAGGAAGCACAAUCAGAGCCAGAACUGAAGAUGAGCAAGUGAUACAUCCAAAUCCAGUGUAAACCAAGUGCAGCCUUGAGGUUGGGCACCAACUAUUGGUAAGGAUUUCAUAUGUGUGCCAUAUCUACACACCAUGGGGUGCAUGUCUUCAAAAGUCAUAACCAGAUCAAUUAGUUUCCAUGAAGAGAGAAAGAGGAGAUCAAAGAGAACAAGUAAUGGCAUUCCAUUGUUGGAAGAUCUAAUCAUCUCAACCGGUGGCAGUGACCAGUACCUUGCUCUUGUCUGUGCAGCCAACACAGUAUCCAACAAACUACACUCCGGUAGUUUAAGUUCUAAUACAUCCUCAAAACUAGCUAUUGAGCCUGCCAAUUCUCAAACUACUGAGAAGUUGAAACCAUCAGCAAGACUAGUUCAAGGAGAAGGGAAACAAAUUGAGAGUGAUAAAAAGAACAGGUCCAAAAGUUGGCACCAGUUUCCACAGCAUAUUGUGCACUCUCUUGAUCAAGAGAAUUCAUCGGGUUUUGAAGAUAGACAUGACUCAAAGUCUAAGGGUGCUGCGCGUUGUAGGAGUUUUCACACAGUUGAGGAAUAUGAUGAUAUGGUUGAUAAAAUAUGGUUAACAACGGAACAAGAUGUUGGUUCAGGAACUAACAUGAACCUUCAGGAUAAGGAAUCUGCCAUCAAGAAGAUGCAAUCAUCAUGCUUAAACAAAAACUAUUCAUUGGAAGAAAGAAAAAUAGUGAAGGAGACCAACAACUUGAGUGCAUCAUCAGAAAGCAGCACAAUAGCUCCAAUUCCAAGUCCUAAAAGCCACAUAUCAAGUCCAGGUAUUAAAAAUGACGAAGUGGUUCAGAGUCACAAAACAAGCACCACUGAGAAGGGAAUUAAGAGAAAAGCUGUGGCAAAGAGACUAGAAUCACUUAGGAUACCAUCCGCUGUUGAAUAUCCAGCCAUUGCUAGUCUUAGAGAAUGGCUCCCUGCAGGUGGAAUAUACUCUCCGGGAUCCUAUGUCACCCCAAAAUUUGGCAGUUAUUCUAUAAUGGACAUUGAGAAUGCAAGUGAAUCCGGCGAGGAUUCUAUAUUUAGUCCAGAGUUGGUGUCUGCUUUUGAACAAUGUAUGCAAAAGCUUGAGACAGAGGAAGAGAACAUUCUGAAACAAAUUGUAGAGAAUGUGGAAGAAGAAAGUGAAGGAACCAGCCCCGAGAAAGAGCACCAUGCAUAAAGGUUAAACACAUACUUAAGGUGAAUUUUAUUUAUAAUGGAUAAAUCAUAGAUAAAUUUGUCAUUUAUACUCCACUACUAUAUUUUUCACAUCUUCAAUGCAUGUGAAUUUUUCUGAUCACAAUUUUUUUAUUCGAAUGUAUUUUGGGAAGAGGUGCCAAUUUAAAUAGCAGUGAAUGUAAAUGUACGUUCAUUUCACAUAUGCUUGCAUUCAAUGCCUUGACCAACUUUGUAUAUCAGACGUAGUUAUAAAAAUUGGAGAAAGCAAUUUCAUUGGAAAAGAAGUAACAUGGAGCUUUUGAUUCCUAGAGAACUUCAGGAACAUGUA